GCCACCUACUAUUUAAGUGCGAGCAAAGUCGAGUUGUGCUACACUUUCCCGACUUCUCGGAUUGCAAACAACCUCAAACAUGGGUCCUCAUCGCCAAUACCUCCAAGCGGCUGCUGUGCUGGCUCUGGUGUGUGUGGCGGCAGCAGGAGGCAGGAGGGUCGCAGGGCACGGCGGCGGCAUCACCGUCAAGAGCGUGAUCCCUGCCGUCCUCGUGGGCCAGGCCACCGAAUCCAACCAUCCUAGCUCCUUCAGAUCCGGGUCCUUCGGCAGGAGCAACGUAGGCUUCGCUGGCAGCUCCGGCUUCGGCCAUGGCUUCGUCUCCGGCCCGGCUGGAAGGACUAGUUUUAACCAAGGAUUCGUUGGAAACACUGGCUUUGCUGGGGCUUCCAGCUUCGGCUCCGGAGCAGGCGGUUUUGGCCAUGCUGGUGGCGCGAACUUUGUCCCUGGCCAUGUUGGUGGUGCCAGCUUCCGUUCUGGAUCCGUCGGCGGUGCCAACUUUGGUUUUGGACAAGGUCACCCCAACUUUGUUUCAGGCGCCAACUUUGCUUCAGGCGGUAACUUUGGCUUGGGAGCUGGCCAGGCCUUCAGUAGCCACGGCAACUUCAGGAGCAGCAACUUUGCCCCCGGUCAUUCUGGCUUUGGCUUCGGCUCCUCUGGCAGCUUCGGCGCUGGGAACAACUUCGGGCACCAUCAAGGAAGAACCCACUCCUUCGGACACCACUGAUUAGCGACCAAGCAACCGAGAUGUAAAAUGGUCGCCAAAUAAACAUUAAUUUUA